AAUGUGCAUGAAACACAUGAAACAACUUUGACAGCCCCACAUACACGCGGUGAUAUUAUAGUACAUUGUGAAAUUGGCGUAUUACCAGAAGAGAUUUUUGUUUUCUUGAAUUCACCAUGCCUUUGAAGAAGAAAAAUCCAAACGCUGAGGAUAUGGAGGUGUCAGAAGACAGUGACUCGAGUGAUGGUAGUGAGCUUGAGGAGCACAAUGAGGAAAUUCAAGUUGACUUUGAAGGAAGAAACCCGAUCGACAGCGAUUUUGGUGGGAUACGGCAACUGCUGAAUCAAUUGCUCCUCAAAUCAGAUGUAAACAUGUCCGAAUUAGCCGAUUACAUUAUCGGUCAAAACUACAUCGGAAGUGUGGUGACACAGUGUGAAGACGACGAAGAUGAAGAUGAGGACGACGAUAUGGCCGAUGCGAAUAUGGUGUUCGGCAUAACGACAGCGAUAAAUUUAAAUAAAUCCGAAGUGGGUUGCAUCAAUCAACUUCGAAAUUUGAUUGCACAGAAGGCAAAAGAAUCGGCAACGAUUGAGGUGCACGAACGAUUCAAAAACAUCUUCGAAAAUACAUCGAAUGUCGUUGGAUUUUUGCUGAACGAACGAUAUGUAAAUAUUCCCCCACAAAUUGCUGUACCGCUGAUGGAGAGUUUGGUCAACGAAAUUGACCGGGCGAACCGAAAGAAAAUGCCAUUUAAAUUCACACAUUACGCGAUGUUGCUGAAAUUCUACAAAAGAAAAUUGAAGAAGAGCAAAGGACAAACGAUUCCAGAGUACUCAAAUGCGGAAGAGGAGAUUGUCGCACAAAAUUCUUGCAUAGAAUUUGAAUUUGCGGCUCAGACUGAGAACGAACCGGCGAGUAUUGAUGUCGUGCCCUUCCGAAAAGUUGUUGUUUUUGAGGCGGCAAAGCUCCCUCAAAUCAUAGAAUCAAUAAAGACGUUUAUAGAGUAGAAA